UUUUAUAUUUGCAAAGAGGUUUGUGUUUGCUCAUUAUUGUAGUUAUGGUAUCUACAGUCAGGGUAUUUACUGUAAUACUCAUGCAAUGUUUCCCUCUAGGGACCAAAGGGCUGUCGAAAAAUUGCUUUCCUCUCUAAACAUGUCCACACCAUCAAUGUUCAGAUCAUGAUGAGAGUAAGCCGUGUGAAGAGUCUGUUUCCAGUCUUGGCUGUCACUGUAGUGUUUCUCUAUGUGAGCUCUGUCAAGUGGAAAAUCCAAACCCAAGAGAAACAGUUUCACCAGGUCCAGCAGAACUUCUCACUACACAGCGCACUUCUCCUCAACAGGCUGGAGAAACUGGAGGCUCAUGUACAUGUAAUAGAAGGAAGAAGCUUCAAAUUGAAAGGUGAGAAGAAGCCAUCAGAGAAGCUGUUCCCAAACUCACAACUCUUCAGCAAAUGGACUGUGGAGCUUUCCGAGGAAGACCAGAGAAAAGCUGAAGAUCUCUUUCAGAAAUACGGAUAUAAUGCCUUCCUCAGUGACCAAAUCCCUCUGGACAGAGAUCUGCCAGAGACUAGAGACUACAGAUGCAUUGGACGUGAAUACCCCCCCAAUCUUCCCACCGUCAGUGUGGUGUUGAUUUACCUGGAUGAGGCUCUGUCUGUCAUUCAAAGAGCCAUUUGCAGUAUCAUCAACAGAACUCCAGCCCACCUGCUCAAAGAGAUCAUAUUGGUGGACGACCACAGCAGAAAUGAAGAUCUGAAGUCACAGCUGGAUGUCUAUGUCAGCUCCAUUAAUGAGAAGCACCCAAGCCUGGUGAAGAUGGUGACACAUUCAGAGCAGAGAGGCCUCACUCAGGCGAGAAUCUCAGGGUGGAAGGCUGCCACAGGGGAUGUGGUGGCUAUUUUGGAUGCCCACAUUGAAGUCCAUGUCAAAUGGGCGGAGCCUUUGCUUGCCCGUAUCCAGGCUGACCGCACGUUGGUCCUGAGUCCUGUGUUUGACAGAGUGAAUUUCUAUGAUUUGCAAGUGACGCACUAUCCUGCCGCUGCCCAUGGUUUUGACUGGGCUCUCUGGUGCAUGUACGAGGUGUUUCCACCAAAGUGGUAUGACCAAAAUGACCCGUCACAGCCAGGAAAGAGUCCCUCUGUAAUGGGCAUUCUCGUGGUUGAUCGUCUGUUUUUCGGUGAGAUUGGAACUCUGGAUGGAGGGAUGCAGGUGUAUGGAGGAGAGAAUGUUGAAUUAGGCAUACGGGUGUGGCUAUGUGGAGGAAGUAUAGAGAUUGUUCCUUGCUCUAAAGUUGCCCAUAUUGAAAGGGCGCACAAACCCUACAUGCGCGACUUGAGCAUUACAAUGAAGAGAAAUGCCCUCAGGGUGGCAGAAGUUUGGAUGGAUGAAUACAAGAGAAAUGUCAACAUCGCCUGGAAUCUUCCCAUACAGAACCAUGGGAUCGACAUCGGAGAUGUGUCAGAGAGAAAAAAACUGAGAGAGAAGCUAAAAUGCAAACCAUUCAAAUUGUAUCUGGAAAAUGUCUAUCCUCAGUUAAAUCCAACAGAUGAUAUAGUUGGUUAUGGAGUGCUGAUUAAUGAUCUGCAAACAAGUUUAUGCUUGGAUCAGGGACCAGUUGAACAGACCACUCCCAUUUUAUAUAAAUGUCAUUUCUCAUUCUCACAGUUAUUUUACUAUACAGAAAGAGGUGAGAUAUUUAUGGGUCCUCUUGAAUCCAAUACAUACAAAAGGACCCGUUGUUUAAGUGAUCCAGGUUCAGGGAGGGUCCCGGAGCUCUACUUGUGUUCAGAUACUAAAAAGCUAAAGCGACACAUGUACUGGGACUUCAAACAGGGCCAGGCCAUACAGAACAGAAAUACCAAACGCUGUCUGGAGAUCAGCUCUGACCAGGAUGGAAAUUAUGAGCUUUUUAUUCUGGAGUGCAGCGGCCAGCACUGGAAGAUACAGCACGUAAUUAAAGACUUCUGAAAGUCAGAAGGCCAAUUGUUCACAUACAUGCUGCUGGCACUUUGAUUGAAGCAUCAGGGAUUAAACUUUACAUUAAAAAGUACAUUUCUUUGGCAUUGUGCCUAUUGCUGACCUUUUAAUUAUUUUUAAUCAAGCCCCCAUUGUGAAGUUUUUAACUUUAAAAGGCCAUUAAUGACAAUCUGGCAACCUUUUUAAACAGAUGGAGAGUUUUUUGACGGCUUUAACUGGUUUGUUCUGCACUGCUAGAAGAGUAAUUAAGGUUGAAGGAAGAGAGAAUAUCCAGUUAUUGACAUAGUUAUUAUUGAAAUGUUUGAAUUUGUAGAUAAAAUAUGUUUCUUAAACUGAUGAAAGCAGCUAUAUUAUCAGAGAGUGAUAAUAUUAAAAAUUCCAGUUUUUCAGAAGUGAGACAUAUUUAUGUAAAUAGCUUAUAUGUGAACUCUAUUCUUCAAACAAAAAAUUGCAGUAUUGUAAUUUUUGUAAUAGCUGUUGGAUAAACAAGGUAACACAAUAAAAUCACACUGGGAUACAUUUAGAUGUUUUACAUGUAGUUUACAUUUUGCUAUGAAAUCAUUUUAUCGUUUCCUGUUUUUUCUAUCACAUGAUUGUGUUUUAUAAUAAGUUUUCAUAUAUGUAACAGCCCACUGUGGGGCAUUUUGUGACAAAACAUCAUUUAUUAAAGGCAUAGUA